AAAAAAAAAGAGACGGUGAGUCGAGUUCUCGAAGAAUGAGCGAGUUGGGUAAGCAGAGCAGUAACAGAGCCAUGAACCCUUGGGUUCUUCAUCUCCAAAAACUGGGUCUCGAGCUCAAAUGUCCUCUCUGUUUGAACUUGUUUAAACGACCAUUGUUGCUCCCAUGCGACCAUCUGUUCUGCGAUUCAUGCAUAGCCAGAUCUAGUGAAUUUGGUUCAGAGUGCCCUAUUUGCAAAGCCCAAUGUGCAGAUCGAGAUCUCAGGCCUGUGACCUUCAUGGACAAUAUAGUGGGAAUCUAUAGAAGUUUGGAUGCUGCAUUUUCUACCAAUCUUUCUCAUUCUUUCGAAGAUGGGGUUGGCAAAAAUGAUAAAUCUGACAAGUGCAGCAUGCAAAAGUGUGGUACAGACAAAGGAUAUGAGACUCCUGGCAAAGGAGGGAUUGAAUGUAAUAGUUCUGGGAAAGUUGAUUUGCUACAACAUAUUUCCCAAAAGCAACUAGGGGUUUCUCUAGAGUCUGGGAAUGGGCAAACGAACAUGAACCAAUUGGAUCAAACAGCCUUAAGCCCUCCUUCCUAUGGUGAUACAAAGGGUUCUGACAAUGAUAGCAGUGAUCAUAGUCCUGGAAAUUAUCCAGCCAAAGGAAUGAGUAAAAGAAGUUUUGAUGAUAUGAUACGUCAAAAGAAGGAUGAUUCUGUUUUAGGAAUUGAUGAUCAUUUAUGGGAUUCCAAGAGACAGAAGAGGUUGAACUAUAGGCAAUUAGAUAUGGGUGUGAAAACCAUGGUUCAUUGUCAACCGGUUUUGCAAGCCCAAAACUUAGUGACUUCCAAUUGUCAAAUAGGUUCUCGAAAUGGAGCACCUCUAGCUGGUGUAGAUCUGCCAUCAGAUAACUUGAAUGGAAAUGAAGCAAUUUGUGGAUUUUGCCAGUCUUCUAGAAUCUCAGAAGCCACUGGACCAAUGCUGCAUUAUGCUAAUGGAAAACCAGUAACAGGAGAUGCAGCAUUCUGCUCAAACGUUAUACAUGUCCACCUUUUGUGUAUUGAGUGGGCUCCCAAAGUGUAUUUUGUUGGUGAAUCUGUUAAGAAUCUUAAGGAAGAACUGGCAAGGGGUGCACAGCUAAAGUGCAGCAGAUGUAGACUAAAGGGGGCGGCACUUGGCUGUUGUGUGAAGUCUUGCCGCAGAAGUUAUCAUUUUCCUUGUGCAAAAGAGAUUCUGAAAUGUCGAUGGGACCAUGAUGAGUUUCUUGUGCUUUGUCCUUCCCAUUCUUCAGUCAAGUUUCCAAAUGAGAAGUCUCGUAAUGCCCAUUCUUCAGUCAAGUUUCCAAAUGAGAAGUCUGGAAAUGUCCAUUCUUUAGUCAAUUUCCCAAAUGAGAGGUCUGGAAACUGUGUAUCUACUGAUCAUAGUGUGACAACUGAAAGCGGCCAUCUGAAAUCCAACAAAUUUUGGGGCCAGCCUGAUGAUAAAAAAGAAUGGGUGUUUUGUGGAUCUGCUUUGUCUCCCGAGGAAAAGUUUCUUUUGGUUAAGUUUGCAAAAAGUAUUGGUGUAACUGUAUCCAAGUUUUGGAAGCCAGAUGUCACUCAUGUGAUUGCUUCUACAGAUGAGAAUGGUGCAUGCACGAGGACACUUAAAGUUCUCAUGGCCAUUUCAAAUGGGAAGUGGGUUCUUAAAAUAAAUUGGAUAAAGGAAUGCAUGAAAGCUAUGUGUCCCGUGAAUGAAGAGCCUUAUGAAAUUAGUCUUGACAACCAUGGUUGUUGUGAUGGCCCUAAAACUGGCAGACUUAGGGCAUUGGAUAAUGCACCAAAGCUCUUUGAUAGCCUAAACUUUUAUUUUGUGGGUGACUUUGUGUCUGGUUACAAGGAAGAUCUUCAAAAUUUGGUUGUAGCCGCAGGGGGUGCUGUUUUGAGAAGAAUGGAGGAAGAACUAGUGGAACAGAAUAGUGGUGAUCAGGCAGUUCAAACAAGGAUGAUCGUUGUGUAUAACCUGGAUGUACCCAGAGGAUCUGAGUUAGGAGAAGAAGUUUCAAUUAUUUGGCAGAGAGUUGGUGAAGCACAAGAUUUAGCCACAAAAAUAGGAGGACAAGUCAUUGGCCACACAUGGCUUUUGGAAUCAAUUGCCGCACAUAAGUUGCAGCCUUUUGUCAGCUAACUAAAGACUGAUAAGUAAGUCAUUUUAGCUUGACAAACAACAAAUUUGUUAGCUAUGCUCUGUUCAGAUCUUGUCAUAAAUCUUUUUGCUGUAUCAUUGUAUGUAGUUGUGUAUGUCUUUGUAGUUUAGGUUUGAAUUUUUAUUGGACUAUUGUUGUAUCAUGAAUCUUUUGAGCUGGGUGCAUUAUAUGAGAAAGGAUAUUUUUGACGUCUAAAA